UUGUCAGUGUGCGACGGUCAGCUAGCUACGCAGUUGUGUGUUUUAUCGGAUUUGUUGGAAUUUUCCACUACGGAGUUUGUUUAGACUAAAGUUUGACAAGUCAACUGCUAACCAGUAGCUACUAGCUGAAUUCAAGACCAUACUCGAGCCUUCUACAAACCCCGUUGAACCCUUAUCGAGUUUAGUGUUGCGGUUUAUCUGUUUUUCGUCUUUGAGGAUGGGGUUAACGGUUGGCUAAGUAUUAGCAUCGUUAGCUCAGAUUAGCUGUUGAAGUCCGGUGUGGGUUUUGUGUUUCAUCGUUGCAAUGGAGUAUCCUGGCGGUGGGGUGGUGCUGAGCGGGGGGAACGUCCCUGCAUUCCUAACAAAACUGUGGACCCUGGUAGAGGACCCUGACACCGACCCGCUUAUAUGCUGGAGCCCGAGUGGAACCAGCUUCCAUGUGUUUGAUCAGGGCCGCUUCUCCAAAGAGGUUCUGCCAAAAUUUUUCAAGCACAACAACAUGGCUAGUUUCAUCCGACAGCUCAACAUGUAUGGUUUCCGUAAGGUGGUGCACAUUGAGCAAGGUGGUUUGGUGAAACCAGAGAGAGACGACACAGAGUUCCAGCACCCGUUCUUCAUCAGAGGACAAGAACAUCUACUGGAGAACAUCAAGCGCAAAGUUACCAACGUGUCGUCAGUCCGUCAGGAGGAAGUAAAAAUCUCUACAGAGGAAGUGAACAAGAUCUUGGGCGAUGUCCAAGUGAUGAAGGGAAAACAGGAAACUAUCGACUCCAGAAUCAUUGCCAUGAAACAUGAGAAUGAGGCUCUAUGGAGGGAGGUGGCCAGUCUGAGACAGAAACAUGCUCAGCAACAGAAAGUCGUCAACAAGUUGAUCCAAUUUCUGGUGUCUCUCGUCCAAACCAACCGGAUCAUGGGAGUCAAGCGAAAAAUUCCUCUGAUGCUCAAUGACUCGAACUCUGCCCACUCCAUGCCUAAAUACAGCCGGCCUUUCACAUUGGAGAACUUGCAGGCUGCAGCCAGUCUCUUCUCAGCUGACAGCCCAGUGACUUCUGGACCAAUCAUCUCCGACAUCACAGAGGUAGCCACGUCCACCCAAGAUGAUGUAGUCAAUGAAUGGAUUGGGGAGAGUCAGUCGGUUGAUAUCAAAGAGGAACCAUCAAGCCCUGAGGUGGAAGUGUGUCCUGUCCUCGAAGUAGAGGCUACAAAUGUGGACACACCUCUCUCCCCAACAACCUUGAUCAACUCCUUCCUUCAGGAUGAGAUACAACACACAUCUGUCACUUCCACCUGCACCACCACCACCACAACCACUACCACCUCUACCCCAACAGUCAGUUCUAUUGUUGUGAUGAAACCUUCCUCCACUGAGUCCAUCCCAUCAACCCAGACCAGCCAAUCACCUUCCCCUGCUGCCGCCGUCCCACACUCUGCCUGUGACCCCAGCCUCGCAGGUCCGACAACACCUCAACAGAAAUGUCAGACCAUCGCCUGCAUUGACAGAUUCCCCCUCCCUCCCUCUGCAGGUGGACUCCCACCUGAAGUUUGGCGCAUCAAAGCAGCACAGCCAGACAAGUCGGAACUCUCUGAUCACGUUGACAGCAUAGAUGGCGGCUUGGAGAACCUGCAAACCAUUUUGAACUCACAGACCUUCACCUUUGACACAAGUCCGCUGAUGGAUUUCUUCAGUUCAUCCAACCCUUCCGGUGACUUUGACCUGGACAGUUUGGACACUCUCCUCUCUGACGAACCCCCGAAGGAAAGUGAAGGAAAGCAGCUGGUGCAGUACACAGCCACACCCAUCCAAAUCCCUGAACCGCUCAGCCUGGAGGGGGAUGGAACGGACCUGCCGUCCCUGCUGGAGCUGGAGUCUCAGCCUUUUUUUGGCUCCGACGUGCCAUCAGAUGACGCCACUGACGAGCUGCUGAGGCAGACCCAACUUGACUCAAACCUUUGACAUCACCAAGAAUGUGAUGACCUCUGAGUAACCAUAGAAACAGGACACUGGGCAGCAAUAGAUGAUGAUGGCAUCAGUUGUAAAUCAUCAGAGGUCAUGUUUUAAUUAUGCAGAUAUUAUUGAUCAAUAUUAAUGCAUUUCUAUACUUUCUUUUAGUGUUUUUAUUUAGAUUUAUUAUUUUGAUCUUCACUGCUUAGAUCAAAUC